CCAAGACAGAGGCAAUCACACCUACCACUUUCUGCAAAGAGCCGUUAGUCACACCACUUCAAAAUAGCUCAUUGAAAGGCUUUAGGUGGUGAUAGCUGGAGCUGGCUAUGUCAUCUGAUUUCCAUAAAUAGAGACGGGUCAUCGCUCCCGCUUUCCCAGCUUUCCUCCAGCACUCCAGUCUUCAACUCGCUGCACUGCCACGCCGCUCCUGGAGUCUGCCGUUGACAAUGAAGUUCCUCGCUGGUCUGUCCCUCGUCCUGCCGCUGGCAUCCGCCGCGGCUGUGGCCCCUCUCGAGAAGAAGAUCACCUAUAAUGGCUUCAAGGCCUUCCGUAUCUCCACGCACAACGACCCUGCGUCGAUCAAGAAGAAGAUUGCCAACAUUGCGGCGAUCCCAUUCAAUCUCGACAACAGCGAGCACCUUGACGUCGCCAUCCCCGCUGGCGAUGUCUCCAAGUUCGAGGAGCUUGGUCUCGAGACAUCCAUCCUUCACGAGGACCUUGGUGCUGAUAUCGCCGAAGAGGGCACCUUCACUCCCUACGAGAGCAACGACGACAUCUCUCUUCAGGCUCUCCCCAGCUUGACGUGGUUCGACUCGUACCACACAUUCGCCGACCACCAACAGUUCAUCCGCGACCUGCAAUCCAACUUCCCCUCCAACUCUGAGCUGGUCAACGCUGGUAACUCUUACGGCGGACGCUCCCUCCUAGGUAUUCACCUGUGGGGUAGCGGUGGCAAGGGCUCCAAGCCUGCCAUCUACUGGCACGGUACCGUCCACGCUCGCGAGUGGGUCACCACCAUGGUUGUCGAGUACCUCACCUACCAGCUCAUCGAUGGCUACCAGAAGAACGACGCUGCUGUCAAGGCUCUCCUUGACAAGUAUGACUUUUACAUCUUGCCUAUUGUAAACCCUGAUGGCUUUGCUUACACUCAGACAAACGACCGUCUUUGGCGCAAGAACCGUCAAGUCAGGUCUGGCAGCACUUGCGUCGGUACUGACAUCAAUCGCAACUGGCCUUUCAACUGGCAACUCCCCGGCGGCGCUUCCACUAACUACUGUUCCGAGACCUACAAGGGCCAGGCUGCGGGCGACACCCCCGAGAUGGUCGCCCUGAAGGCUUACACCGACCGCCUCGCCGCCGGCAACGGCAUCAAGCUCUUCAUUGACUGGCACAGCUACGGACAGUACAUCCUUCUGCCCUACGGCUACGACUGCUCCGCCCGAGCCUCCAACCACGCCCGCCAGAUGACCCUCGCCACCAGCACCGCCAACACCAUUGCCCAGGCCUACGGCACCCGCUUCACCUACGGACCUAGCUGCUCUACUCUCUACGCCACCACUGGUAGCGCUCCGGACUACCUUACCGGCGCUGCUGGUGCUGAGGUUGCGUGGACUAUCGAGUUGAGACCCUCUGGAUCCGCUGGUGGUGGCUUUGUUCUUCCUGCCGCUCAGAUUCUGCCUAGUGCGAUUGAGCAGUGGAACGGGAUGAAGUACUUGCUAGCAAAUGUUUGAGCCGUGAUAUCAAGGCGUUGGGUCUGACUCUUGAUUCCACAUUGGCGAUGGCGAGAAUAUCUCCAAGGACCGGAUGAGAUAUCACAAUAGCACUCUGUCAAUUAUUGCACCGAACAGAGCUUCAGGAUGAGAACAAUGACUAAGACUUGAUUUCAGAUGAUGUGAACAGCAAUGAUGGGUGGAAGGAAGGGCUACAUUGUCCUUAUCUUUGACAUGCUUCUAUCCUAUCAACUUCUAGAUGACGUCACUAUAUCCGUCUCUAAUCUUUCUCUAAGUUUGCUCUAUUCCGAGAUUAUUGAUAAGUUAGGCGUAUAUAAGGAAAAUAAGGUUGUAUUGUUAGUUUAUUAGUUAUUCCCCCUAUGAAAGUACGUAUAACUAUGUAUACUGACGCUAUCUAGUAAGUCAACGCACCCACAUUUGGCCCCCCC